UUACAUGGGAUAGAUUCUUGAGGUUCAUUUGUUUCUUGCUGGGAAUUUGAAAUCCCAUGAGAUCUUUUUAUCUUCUUCACUUUGUUUCUAAAUAUCAAGAGUUUCAUAUUAUAUGAUUUAUAUAAGGAGUGUUUAGUCAUUUAAGUUUCUGGUUUUGUUGCAGGAGAGAGAUUCUGUGCAUAUGGCUGGUUUGUUUCCGGCGUUUGGACAAAUUCAAACUCAUUCUAUCCGGCCUCCUCCGCCGCCGCCGCCGCCUGCUCCACAGCUCCACCAGACUUUUCAUAGCCAACCAACACCAGCAACAGUUGCUGCUGCAUCACACCCACCUACUAUUCGUCCAAGAGUGCGAGCAAGAAGAGGGCAAGCCACAGAUCCGCACAGUAUAGCCGAGCGGUUACGGAGAGAAAGAAUUGCAGAAAGAAUGAAGGCUUUACAAGAGUUGGUUCCUAGCUGCAACAAGACAGAUAGGGCGGCCAUGCUUGACGAAAUUGUGGAUUAUGUGAAGUUUCUACGUCUCCAAGUCAAGGUAUAAACACUCUAAUUCAUUGAGGUCUCAGGAAAUCCACUCAUUUUAUUCUUCUUACUCUACAUGUAUGGGUAAAAUUGAGAUGAAUGAUA